AUGGAGUCCUCUUCGAAACGGCGCAAGCUCAACAAUGCGGGCUCUGGUCUCAAACACCAGAACCUCAUCGACUUCCAGUCCCCCGACGCGACACGACUGUCGUCCUCGAGCAUCUUCACCCUCCAGACAGACGAGCUGCUCAAGAGUGCAAAGGUCGACUACGACAAGGCGCUCAAAGGCGUCGAUGCCCAGCUUCACCAAUUGAAGACCAUCAUCGAGUCUGCCGAGCCGCACGAUCCCAUACCGAUCACCCAGGCCACGGCCACCUUUGAGAAAACCCACCGCAUCACGAUCCCCUACCCCGAGCCCAGACCCGCCAAGGACGCUCCCUACAAGCUGGCCUUUGCGAAGCCGGCCCAGUGCAAUGUAGUCGGCAGCUAUGUCUUCCGGACCAUGACCAGGCACCAGGCCCGGUACUGCGUCGACAUGGUCGUGCAGAUGCCCCGGUCCCUCUUCCAGGACAAGGACUUUCAGGACAUGCGCUACUUCUACCGCCGCGCGUACUACAUUGCCGUCCUUGCCGCGACCAUCAGGGAGGAGAGCGGGAUGAACGUCGAGUUCGAGUUCCUCCACGACAAUAGGCUGCUCCCCGUGCUGCUCCUCACCCCAAUUGCUGAGGCCCAAGAUCAGGACGACGCCAACGUCACCAAGAAAAACAGCAAGGCAAAGGCAAAGGACUAUGCCAUUCGCAUCAUCCCUUGUGCGCCCGAGAGCAUCUUCCCUGCGUCCAAGCUCACGCCAGCAUCCGCCUGCAACCGUCAGGCCGACGACGGCGACGCCAAGUCCCCCACCCCCUUUUACAACUCGACCCUCAAGGCGGAGAGCACAUACAUCUCCUAUCUACGCGUCCUCACAAAGGCAAAGAACGAGUGCCCUGGCUUCGUCGACGCCUGUGUCCUGGGCCGGAUCUGGCUCCAGCAGCGCGGUUUCGGCAGCGCCAUUGCCCAGGGCGGCUUUGGCCACUUUGAGUGGUCCCUCAUGGUCGCCCUCCUCAUGCAGUCGGGCGGUCGCAACGGACAGGGCUCGCUGUCCACGUCCUUGAGCGCCAUGGAGCUCUUCAAGGCGGCCAUUCAGUUUCUCUCCGAGACCGACUUCAACGGCGCGAAACCCGUCGUCCUCGGCAAGGCUGCUGGCGCCGCAGACGGCGGCGCACGCGACGCUGGGCCCGCCAUGCUCGACCCAAAGACGCACCUCAACAUCCUCCACAAGGCGACGCCGUGGUCCACCGCUCUCCUGCACAGGUACGCCAAGACGACCACGGAGCUGCUGGCGGACGAUGCGGCCGACAAGUUUGCGCCCAUCUUCAUCGUCAAGGCCAACGUCCUCGCCGAGCUCUACGACGCCGUCUUUGAGAUCAACAGCGCCGACAUUACCAAGAGCGCCUCGUCCGACGGCGGCGGCGCCGUGUGGGCCAACAGCCACGACAUCUACAAAGUCCUCAAGAAGGCCUACGGCCCACGCGCCGAGCUCAUCCACAUCCAGCAGCCCGCCGCCAAGCCCUGGUCACUGGCCUUCAAGGGGUCCAAGCCGCAACCCACGCUCGUGGUCGGUGUCAUCUUCAACGGGCCCCAGAUGGCCGUCCAGCUGGAGAAGGGUCCCCCCGCCGAGGAUGCCCGGGACGCCGCGCGCUUCCGUCAGUUCUGGGGCGACAAGGCUGAGCUGCGUCGCUUCCAGGACGGCAGCAUCCUCGAAUGCGUCGACUGGUCCGCCCGCCACGCCCUCGGCAUCUGCGAGGAGAUGACGCGCUAUGUCCUCGCCCGGCACGUCAAGCUAUUCGAGGCUGAGAUUGCCUUUUACGGCGACGCCUUUGUCCACGCCCUCGUCGACUUUGCCCACACCGACAAGGCAGCCUUUGACGCCGUCCGACGCGCCUUUCUCACCUUUGAAUCCGACGUCCGCAACCUCGACGACCUGCCCCUGUCCAUCCGCCAGAUCGCCCCCGUCUCCCCCAUGGCCCGCUACACGUCCAUCACACCACCGCUCAUCGGCGCCCACACCGGCCGCCUCGCCCCCGUCGACGUCAACCUCUUCUUUGAGCACUCGACAAAGUGGCCCGAGAACCUCGUCGCCAUCCAGGAGGCCAAGAUUGAGUUUCUCCUCGACAUGGACCGCCGCCUCGCCGCCGCCCACGACAACAUCACCACCCACCUCGGCCGCGACAACCGCGAUCUCGGCGACGAGAACCUCGCCUACCUCGACGUCGUCUACGACUCGGGCGCCGCCUUUCGCGUCCGCAUCUACUGCGACCUUGAGGGUAUCCUCCUCGACCAGCAGGUCAAGAGCAAGCACCUCGACGCCUACAUCCGCAACGCCGCCGACGACGCCCUCGCCCGCUUCCGCUGGCAAUUCCACGUCCUUCCCCUGCACACCACCGCCCUCGCCACCGCCUGCACCCGUCUCCCCGCCCUCUCACCCGCCAUCCGCCUCGUCAAGCAGUGGUUCGCCCGCCACAAGCUCGCCAGCCACUUCUCCCACGAACUCAUCGAGCUCUUUGUCCUCCAUGUCUUCCUCCACGCCUACCCCUGGGCCACGCCCUCCUCCGGCACCACGGGUUUCCUCCGCACCCUUGACUUCCUCGCCCGCUGGGACUGGCGCGAUGAGCCCCUGAUCAUCGACACCGCCGGCGACAUGACCAACGACGAACGCGCCAGCAUCGCCAAGGACCUCGCCGUCUGGCGCAAUAGGGAUCCCAACAUGAACCACCUCACCCUCUUCGUCGCCACCUCUAGCGACCACUCGGGCGAGGCCUACACCCGCGCCGGCCCGAGUCGUCUCAUCGCCUCGCGCAUGACCAUGCUCGCCAAGGCGGCGUCCAAGCUCAUCAAGGCGGAGGACUACCACAUCGACCCGGUCGAUCUGUUCGACACCAACCUCCAGGACUACGAUGUCCUCUUCCACCUGUCCCCCAAGGCCAUCCGGGAGGUCAAUCGAGCGGCGCAGGGCUCUUCCUCUGCGUCCUCCAAGUUCAAGAACCUCGACGGCGCCACGGGUCAGCAGCCGUUACCUGUGCGCGCGGCCCCCGUGGCUGUCCUCAUGGAGGAGUUGCAGCGUGUCUACGAGGGAACGCUCGUCUUCUUCCACGGUGCUGCUGCCGCUGAGGAGGAUGAGGACGACACCAUUAUCGGCGCCAUCUGGAACCCCAAACUGAAAAGAACAAAGUUCCGCGCCGGUCUGCCGUAUAAUUUCCACGCUGUCGGCGACGAGGGCGAGGUGGAGGUCAACAAGCAGGCUGUGCUGUGUGAGAUUGCCCGGAUAGGUGGUGCUAUGUUCAAGAAGAUUGAGGAGGUUGAAGAGGAAGAGGAAGAGGAAGGCUAG